GGGAAGGCCAGUAGAAGUAGUGGGAGAUGGUGUCGAAGGUUUUUUGGAAACCGAGAUGUCUUGCAGUCUUGGCGUCGUGGUGCUCGGCCAAGAGCUGAGUACGGAGGCCCCGUGCGUUGGGGAUGCAAAGUCGGCGAGUGCCUUUGGUAUCGAUGUAGAGGAGAUUGUUGUGGAGGGAGUAGUCGGGAACUGGGUCAAGAUCACGGAGCUUGUUGUAAAUGCGGGCUUGGCGUGGAGUGAUAUCUUUCUUGGAGAGGAUGGAGGAGACGAUGGUGUUGUCAGUGCGGAUGGUGAAGUAUUGCCCGUCAAGGUACGGGCGCCAAACUGUGAGGGCGUGAAUCACGGCGAGGAGUUUCUUCUCGUUGGAGGGGUAAUUCAUCUCCGCGGGAAGGAGCUUCUUGCUUGCGAAGGCGAUAGGGUAUUCGCCAGGUGGAGCCUUGAGGUAAGUGGGCGAGUCCUUGAUGGAGGGGGUCUCGGCGGUGUCGCGGGGGAAAUGUUGGGACAGUACGGCUCCGAUGGCGAAGUCGGAGGCGUCAGUGGUGACAUAGAAAUGGCGAGUGGGGUCGGCGAUCUUGAGGACAGGGACCGUGGUGAUGGUUUGCUUGACGGAGACAAUAUGGCCGAGGUACUCGACGCUCGAAGCGGCAAACGUACAUUUGCUAAGCUUGGCGUAGAAUUUUUGCUCUCGGAGGAUCGAGAGGACUUGGCGGAGGUGCUGAAGGUGGGACUCGAAGGUGGGGCUGAAGACAAGGAUGUCAUCAAGGUAGACGACGACACAGACUUCGAGGAGGUUGCGGAGGAUGUGGUUCAUGGUAAAUUGGAAGGUAGCGGGGGCAUUGGUGAGUCUGAAUGGCAUCACGAGAAACUCGUUGUGCCUGAACCAAGAGCGAAAGGCGGUCUUGUGGGUGUCCUUCUCGCGGAUACGGAUCUGGUGGAAGCCAUUGCGGAGGUCGAUCUUGGUAAAGUACUUGGCUCCACGGAGACGAUCAAGGAGCUCGGAAAUCCGAGGUAGGGGGUACUUGUUCUUGAUCGUGAUCCGGUUCAAGGCGCGGUAGUCUGUGCACAUGCGGAGUUCCGAAGUUCCACCUUUCUUGACGAAAAGGCAGCUGGUUCCGAAGGGGGAUGAACUUGGCUUAAUGAACCCUUUUUCAAGGA